AUGUCUAAUAAGAUCAUUCAAUUACAAAGAUUAUUUCAGGCUUCUCACAAGCCAUUGUGGUGGAGACAUCCAAGGUCUCCAUAUUAUUUGUACCCAUUUUACGGUUUAUUGACCGUUGCUGUUGUCACACCAUUACUUUACAUCCCAAAUGCUGUCCUUGGUAUCAAGGCUAAGAAAUAG